AAGCGUCUGUCAAUGUAAAAAAAAAAAACAGUUGAGGUGAAUGGAUGUUUGGGUGUGGUGAAUUUGUAUCAUCAUUCAACUGUGUAUAUUUUGAAUCAGCAUCUAUCCACUUCUCGUGGCUCUCUGCUUGCUGUUGCUGUUCUAACUGCUUUUUUGCUAUGCAAUUUUGUUGGUUAUACAAAAGCUGGAAAAUGCGAUUGCGCUGAGAUUUUUUUACGCGAAUAUUUCAUCCUUGAAUGGUAUAUGAGAACACGCAUUUGUGAAAAUGCUUUCAAAACAACUUCUUGUUUUCACCGAAUCGGUCGCACCGUAGAGAGCACAUUUUUCCCACAGUCAGAAUCAAGGAGUGUUACUCGUGUGUGUCACGCUACCAAAGCCAACCGACCCGCGUUUAUAUGAAUAGUCAUUACUAAUUCAGGUGGCUGUAUAUUUUAUAAUUUUUUUUUUCUCUCUCUUCGGUUUUAUCGUUCGUUGAGAUUUUCCAACGCAAUAAAUUCGCUGGAAGCAAAAUACGCGUCAAAAAAGACGAGAAUAAUCGUGAACAAAAGAUAGUUUUCACUUUUCACAAGAGAAUAAAAAAGUCAUUGUUUUCAUUUCACAUUGGCUGUGUUUGACUACAACAACCGCGACGACGACGAGAACGUUUCAGUCAGAAGGUGUAACAUAUAUAUAUAAAGCGACGACGACAACAACAACAGAAGCGGUGGAAGUAGAAUCAGUACAAAAAAAAAAUUUGCAACAUUGAAAGAGAGACGACGUGUGCCAACAAAAACGAGUGAAAGCCCGUACAUACACCAGUUUAUUAUCAGUGAUGAUGCAGCCGAGGAACAGGAAAAUAUGCCUCCUGGCAAUUGUUGGAACCAUGUUGUUGGCUUCGCAUUGUAAAAGUCAUCAAAUGAACAUCAGCAACACAUGGACUCUACCACAAGACGGCUUCACUGUAUUCUAUCGAUUUUUUCGCGAUAAAAUCUCCUGGUACGAAGCAGAUGCUGUUUGCCAAUUUCAUCACGCCAACUUAGUUACAGUUGAUAAUGGUGUCAAGUACGAUGCGAGCCGAGCAUUUUUGAGUGAUUUGAAUGUCACUGAAAACGUAUGGAUUGGAUUGAUGCGUUCGCAGAAUUCGGACCGUUUUAUGUGGUCGAAUUCGAAAAUUUUAGACAGAGAAUUCGGUUAUUGGGCUGAACAAAUUCCGGCUAUUGAUUCACCAUUAUGUGCGGUUGUUGACCCAAUGCGUGACUAUCGUUGGCAUAGCUUACGCUGCGGUGGCCCAGAUGUGGCUGCAUUCUUGUGCGAGAUGGAAGCGCCCGAUUGGGCCACGGAAUGCUUGAUUCGUGCAUUACCCGCGCUCACAAUUCAAUAUAUCGCUGACAGUGCAACGAUUGAAUUGUCGCGCGAUUGUGGUGCAGAGGGAAUAAAAAAAUUGACAUGCAAUGGCAAACAGGAUCAGGACUUUAUACAGCGUGAGUUGAUGUGUCUAUUGGAACGCGAGACCAUUACAAGCGACAAUGAAAUGAGGGCUGCUGCUGCUGCAGCUGCAGCAAUAGCAGCGGCGGAGGCCGAAGAGCUGCCGUCUGAAAAUGUCGAAGAAGCGUCUCAAUCAGAUAACUCUGAAAACAAUAACAUUGACAAAAUUGCCAAUCAAAUCGAGGCUUCGGUUGAUAAAGUGGGCGACAAAUACAGUUUGGAUGAUGUUAUGAUGGGCGACGCUCCAAUUGCCGAGUCACAAGAAGUUGAUGAAGUAAAACCGGUGAAAAAUACGAAGAAGAUUGCAUCGGAAAAGCCAUUGAAAAACCAACCGAAACAAAUGCGAAAGGCAAAAAAUGAAAAUAAAGAUGAUUUAAUGAUGGGCGAUCAACCAGUUCCGGCCACUGCCAUCGCUGCCGAUGGUGUCGAAAAAGUUGUAAAUGAUGAUGAUUCGACGAAGUCGGAGGAAAUUACGACAACAGCAAAAAGCGUGGUGGAAAUUCAGCAAACGACGGUUGAAGUUCGCAGCAGACGUGAAACGGAAAAUCCUGUCAAACACAACAUUUCCGCCACAACCACCGAAUCGAACAUCAAGACCGAAUCUGAGGUAGUUCAUGCGCCGCACAAGGAAAUAACACGCGAUCAUUUCAUACCGCCAAUGCUGUUGGUACAACAUGAGUUACAACAUCAAAACUCAACGCCAACACCACCACCACCACCAACAAUAACAACUGUUGAGCAGGAGGCAACAACUGUAACCGUUCUUAGUACCUCACUCGAGCCAAACCAUCAAGAUAAUCAGACAUCUUCUACGCAACACGCACAAGUGCCAACAACCGCAAACGAGUUGACAACAAUCAGUUCAGGUGUCGAAACAUCUUCAAGCAUUCCAACAAACGUUGCGCCAAACACAACCGAAGAAUCUACCACGAUUUCAACAAUAACAACAACUUCAAUUCAAGUACCUCAAGAACCUGCAAAAACCAAUAUCGGAAUGCGUCCACAUGCUCCAAAAUUCGGUGGUGAAAUAAUGUAUCAUGUCCCGACCACCGCAAAAUCUUCGGCUGAUUUGACGCAGCCAAACCAUACGAAUUCUGUUUUGGAAAUAGCAAAUUCCAGCGAGGCAACGGUGAUUGCUGAAAAUACUUCCGCAAGCUCAUUCGAUGCUGCUACCAGUUCAACAGCCAAACCAAGCGAAGCAGCAACUCAAUCGAUUAACGAAACGGUUACCGAACCACAUCAUUUGGAAGUAGCGAAACGCAGUAAUUCAGCCGUUACCAGCGAUAAGCAUCAGCAUAAAGCAGAACAGCAGCACCACAAACAGGAUUCGCAUAAACAUACUGAUGGGAGCAACGCUACAGCACAUCAUGCUGAUUUCACAAAUUCCAAUCCUGAAUAUCAAAACUACCAUCCAAAUCGCAAACGUAUUUUAACCAAACCCGAAACACACACUUUUCUUCAAAAGAUUUUCGGUUAGAGGGAGGGAGGGAGAAAAAAAAAAGGAAGAGAAAGAGAGAGAGAGUUAAAAGAAUUGAUUUGUGUGUGUAUGUGUAAAGGGUUUAAACACACACACACACACACAUAUUUGGAAAUGCGGAGAUGCGGACAAAGGAAGUGAAGGGUAACAAAAAGUAAUUAUUUAUAUUGAUGAUGGCUUGACGCGAGUAGAAGAAACCUAAAUCUUUCAAUUAUCAUGAUAAUAUAUACCUCAAAGUCCAAUCUAACUGAUAACAAUCAGCUAAUGCACCAUACACAUCGAAACAGCUUCUCUUCGUACUCAUUUCCAUGUGCUUGUGCAUAUAUAUGUCGAAAAUGUGUCAAUUGUUGGGAUUAUGUUUUGAAUUUAAGCUCUAUUAAUUUAGGACAACUUCUUCUCUUUCCAUUUUCAGCCAAAAAAAACACACAAAAAUUGUUUAAUUUUAAAAAUAAAACUGAUGUUGUGAUACUUGAUGAGAAGCAUGUCCCUUAGAUUUUAGCAUUCAACCAUAGGUGUUACCAAUUAAUGCACCACAUUUCAAACAAAUUAGUGGCUUUGAUCAUUAUCAUUCUGAUUACAUCUCACUAUGUCGCUGGAAUGUACAAUUGAAAUUCAUUCUCUUUCAAUUACCAGUACCAAAAUUCAUCGAAAUUCGUCCUUUUUGCAAUUUUAUUGUAGUUUUAAACAAAAAAAAAAGAAUUAGUUUUAUUUGCCAAACAAGAUUUUUUAACUUCAACUUUUAUGAACAACCAUUUCGUUCAUUUAAACAAAGUUUGUUUUCUUUUAUAAUGAAAACUGAUUCCGUUGAUUUAGUUCAAGUGCCGUACAAAUGUGCAACAAUAAACAAAAAUUUUACUGAACAAUUUGAGAAAAAGAAAUUGCUUGAUUAUUAUCAGCAAAAUUAUUAUGCUAUCGAAUAAUUCAAUUUUUCUUUUUAAUUGUCAUUUAUUUUAUAACCGUAUAGAGCACGUACAAAAUGUAAUUGGUUGUUUUGUUGUUGUUGUCAACAAAACAAACCGAAAAUAAAGUUUCAAUCAUAAACAGAAA